AGUAAAGGAAGAGGUGCAGUGAUUUCCUCCAGCUCCCCAGCUGAGAAGCCAGAUAUGGAAAUAACAGCAUUGCGGGAGUAGUGGUGCGUCCUCACCUGCCCAACUUACCGGAACUUCCACCACUGAUGAAAAGCUUCUGUUUGGUUAUAUGUGUAGUGUAGACUGUAUCUGCAGCACUUUUGACUAUCUUCCUCGUUAGUGCUGCGCGUUUCGAGUACCCCUCAUUAAGCGAGUUGGUGCGCGCAGUGACCGGAUGCUACCUCACUCAGGAGACACCCGGAUUUUGCUGCAUCCGCAAUGAUCUGAGUGUUACUCCGGAAAGUCGUGCAGCGUGUCCGUGGUGCAUUUUCCAGCCAAAUCUUCAGUUUUGUCUGGCUCAGAGGCUGCGCGUGCGUCAGCAUGGAGUGGCUGAGGUUCAGCACCGUGGACAGCGCCGGAGUUUUCCUCUGUCUCCUGUGCGCGCUGGCGGGGGUCUCGGUUGUGGCAGAGCAGGAAGUGGAGAAUCUGUCCGGUCUGUCUCCAAACCCGGACAAAGACAUUUUCGUGGUGCGUGAAAACGGGACGACUUGUUUGAUGGCAGAGUUCGCGGUGAAAUUCGUGAUUCCCUACGACGUCCUCGCGCUUAACGGAAUAGACCUGAUCACGGAGCAGGCGGCUCUCUCUCUCCCCCGCGGCGCGCAGAUCGCAGGCACGUGCGGAAGCAGCGAGGCAGAGCUGCACGUCUCCUGGAGCAAUAACGCCUACACGCUCCGCCUUUACUUCAGCAAGGAGAAACGCACCGUGAGAAGAGAUGGAAAAACGAAAGAGAGUGAAGUGUGGAAGAUAAACAAGGUUCAGCUGGUUUAUGACACCUCUGAGACAACGCACUUCAUCAACGCGUACAACCCGGGGAAACACACUGCCAGCACCCAUCAUCUCUCAGCCCUGGUGACGCCGGUAGGCCGCUCCUACACGUGCACAGCGCAGCAGACCCUCACCCUCAUCUCCAGUGACCACCAGAAAGGCAUCACGGUCUCCAUGUCUGACAUCCAGAUCCAACCUUUUGACAUCAAAAGCGACUUUGUGUUCAGUGAACCGUAUAAGUGCAUCACAGACCAGCGUGAGCGGCUGGAGGAGACUCUGCCCCUGGUCCUGGGGCUCAUCCUGGGCCUCAUCAUCAUCAUCACCAUCACUAUCUACCACUUCCACCUCAAACUGACGGCUCAUCAACCCCAGCUGCCCCGCGACCGCUCCCUCUACAAGCACAUGUAGGGACUCUCUAUGCACCAUGACCAAGGCCUGCCAUUGGGGGAACAGACCGAUAUCUGCAACGCUUCUGGGAAAACUUGAUGAGUUUUUCCAUCAUUAAUGUCCGCUGCCUAAUAGUCUGAUCCUUUGCAUUUGAGAUUUUUUUUUUAAUUUAUAAUUUUGCUGAUAGCUGAUGUUGAUGAUAAUGCCAUCUAAAAAAAGAUAUAUUUGACACAUUGUUCAAAUAUUUCAUGUUGUGCCAUGUUGUAUCACUCAGUGUGUAUAGUGUGCUAAAUUAAAGGUAUUUCUGUUCUGUUAAAGUGACAGCAAAUACAUGAAGAAGGUAUUUUAAGAUUAUAUGGAUUAUAUGAUAUAUGAAUUAUGGUAUGAAAAGUUGAAUCAUGCAAAAUUUGUGUGCAAAAUUCUAUUCAAGAAUAAACUAUUUUGUGUGUGUCCA